ACGGGUCUGUUUCCUGUGUGUCACCGUCAUUAGGGUCCGACGAUGUUCUCCACGCUGAGGCUGCGAGUCGGGGAAGUUCUGUUGCCUGGAGACGAGUUCUGCUGCGGCACCGACGACACCAUCUCUCUGACGGAGCUCGUCCGGCCGGACAAGGUGCUGUGUGGCCCGGGGCUGAGGCGCAGCGGAGACCGGCUGCUGGUGUGUAAGAGCGGCGUCCUGCGCCACAAGAAGCCCAACGUGUUCUGGAUCGACUCCCAGCAGCGGAGGUAUGUCCCCGCCAAGGGCGAGAGCGUCAUCGGCAUCAUCAGCGCCAAGUCCGGGGACGUGUUCAAGGCGGAGUUCGGAGGAAGCGAACAGGCGUCGCUGUCUUACCUGUCGUUCGAGGGGGCGACGAAGAGGAACAGACCCAACGUGCAGGUGGGCGACCUGGUCUUCGCUCAGUUCAUCGUAGCCAAUAAGGACAUGGAGCCGGAGUUGGCAUGUAUCGACAGCUCGGGACGAGCCAAUGGGAUGGGCGUGUUCGGAGGAGGCGGGCUGCUGUUCCAAGUGUCUUUGGGCCUCGUCAGAAGGCUGCUGUCCCCCCUCAGUGAGGUGCGGUCCGACCUGGAGCAGCUGUUCCCCUGUGAGCUGGUGGUCGGGAUGAACGGUCGUCUAUGGGUUCGAUCCUCCAGCGUCCAGCGAACGCUCGUCAUCGCCAACCUGCUGCAGAGCUGCGACACCAUGACGCCGCCGCAGAGACGGGAGCUGUUCAAGAAGGUCCAGCAGGGGGCGCUGUAGACCCGUCUGGUCCCCCUGCUGUGACGUCACUGCUGCUGUCUAAAGGAACAGUCCGUGUUUUUUUUUGUUUUUUUUUACACGUUUCUAUGUUUAAUAUUGACAUUAAUAAAGUGAAUGAAUCUGCG